UUGGUCGUGUUUGGAGUGAUUUUCGCUCAUGGUAUUUUCGCUGAUUUGACGAAUAUCAACUUUCCGGUCUUAAACGUAUGGAAAUUGUUUUAAAUAUUAUAUUAGUUGAGAAAGCAGUUUUGAUAUAAAAAUUGUCAAUACAGAAGUCAUGAAAUUGUAAAAGUGCAGCAUUAAUUGCUUAAUUUUUGUAUGUAAAACGAUCCCAGCCUUUACUGUCUUGAAUGAAAACGCCGACACAAUUGAAUGGCGUUUCUUGUACCACCUUAAGUUUGAAGCAAGUACAGAAAUCAGUGUAGCGGACAAUGCCUCACGUAAGCACAAAGACUGGUAGCUGAAAUUGUUGCAGCAGCGGCGUCAACAUUUUUGCUUAUUUUGUUUUGUGCACCUAAAAUGAACUCGCUAGCAUAAGUUUUUAAAGUAAGACAUUGUGGCCAUAUAUGAGUAUGAACGUAUAUUUGUAAGUAAACAAAUAAUUGGCAUAACUACGGAUAUGUUACGCAGUGGACGUAUUUGCAUAUGGCAUUCAAAAGCAUCAAACCUUAAAUCAGUAGCAUAAAUCAAUUUUAACUUUUAAUAACGGACUUCAUCAAAGACCUGUCGCUAGACGCUUCUGUGCUAAUAUAAGACAUAUAUGGUAUAUAUAUAUUUUUUUGGAGCCACUGCUGGUAUACCUUUGUUCAUCGGGUAAAGACGUACUACGUACUUGUCCAACUGGUUUUUAACUUUCUUCAACGGCUCAAGCGAUACAAUAAAUACUUGCUACACCAACAGAGCCAACAACAUUCGAGCAACAGCAACAACUAAACUUUUGAAAAUAAUCAUCGAUAACCACAUAGUUUUUUGGUUAGUAGAUACAAGCACCAACUGAGGUCUGGUGCCAUCGCAAUCUUUACUUAGUCAUCCAGUAGCAGGACAAUUGGAUACUCACUUUAAUGUUUGGAAUUUCGGCGAAUAAUAAAAGAGGGAGCACAAUAGGAUUGCUUAAUAGCAAGCAUUGGAGCGAUCCUGAUAGUAAUCUUUUUGACGGGCCUUCAGUUUCUGGCGUAACAUCAGCUGCUUGCGCCAUCGGUGCUGUGGGUGCUGAGAAAUGUGCCACUGCAAAUACUACACCUGCAAUAUCCAUCUCAGCAGAUGAAGCUAACAAAAUUGCCGCUGAAGCCAACUCCUACGAUGCGGCAAACACACCGAGUACAGCUUCCACAACACCUCUAGUAUCUGUGCCAAAUAGUCCUGAUACUGGUGCCACUUCGAAAGUAAUUGUUACAACAACUACUAAUACAACGGAAAGUAAAAACGGCACCGAAGUCAGUAUGCCGGCCAAGACUACUUCUACAAUCGUAACCACAACAACCACUGCAGAAAUUAUGGAUGAGAAUCGUUUUUCCAUUCUUGGCAAAGACAUUUCGAACGAGUUCAACGUCUAUGACUUGCCAUCGCCACCUAAAAAUGGCUUCAAUGCGCCAACACCGGAGGGUGCGACCAAUGCGCUCUUGAAUGCGUCGGCUGGUACGACAGCUUCAACAGCGACCACACCAGCACACUCUAAUACGUCUACACAACAAAAUGAAAGGGAUUCCAUCACUGGUUCGCCUAUAAAAAAGAAGAAGCAUCAUAAAAAUGAGAAUAACAAUCAUCAGAACGAUAUAAAUUCCAUUGAAAGUAUAUCUGAUAAUGCGAAAAUAACUAGCAACGAUCUAGACGAGUUAACCUUGGAGCGUAAUGGCAAAGAUUUGUUGAAUAAGAAGAAAAAGAAGAAGAAGAAGAAGAUAUCAACAACCAAGGAAUUAGACCAACUAGAUGGUGUAUCUGGCAAGCACAACACUAAAGACGACGAUUUUAGCGAUGAGGAUGAGAAGGUUGUGAAAUGUCUUUACUACACACUAAUGUGCUGCGAAUGCACAAUUUCUUAGUAAACAUGAAAAUAACCCCGCAUUAGCACCGAAGAUCAGUCCUAAAAAUGAAAGGCAUACGCAAAAAAUUUACUGAGUUAAAUUUUUUGUAAAACAAUAACUUCAAAAUCAAAAAUAUUAAAUCAAACGAGUCUGUCCACUUUGAGAUACAUAUAUAAUAUAUUAUAUAUAUUUAAAAGUACUUGUAGACGCAAGUUUAAUUUGCAACUGCUGAAUUACUUAAGCAAAUUUGCCAAUUGUUAACACAAAAUAUUCCUGCUGAUUAGAUAAUAUGUAAGAUAUGUAUGUAUAUAAGUGAUGAGCUAUAUGGAAAAAUAUAAAAAAUGCAUUUACAUGUAUUAACGAAAGAAGACAAUUUAAUUGCAUAAGCAUACGGCAUAUACCACAUAUGUGCGUGGAUAUGUAUUUCUUUUAAUAAUACUGCAAUAUGAGCCAGUGCAGCUAUAAAACAUUUACAUAUGUAUAACAAUACAAUAUAAGAUAUCUUUUUACAUGCUUACACAUUUUCGUGCAAAAGUAGCUUAAUUUUAGUAUGAGGAUUUUAUUUAAUUCUUUUUUUGUUUUUUUUUUUCUUGUUUUUUCAGCGAAUAUAUAAUAUAUGUAUAUUUACUCAUUAAUGUAUAAACAUACAUAUAAACAAAUAUGUGUGCAAAUGGAGAAUAUGUACGAUACGUAUUCGUAUCGCGCUGGUAAUAAAAGUUUAUAUAAGAUACUAUGUACAUAUGUAUGUAUGUGCAUACAACUAUAUUACUUUUUAUAGGCGUUUUACUAAGUUUAUAUCUAAUUUCUUUAGAGUAGCACAUCUUUGAAUUUUUGUAUGUGUGCGAAGUGUGUAAUAAAUAUGAAAAGUAUUAAAAAACGUUUUGUGACUAUUUAAAAUGAAGCAAAAAAAAUUUUAA